CUUGAUACGAGCGAAAUGAGCCUUACUGGAAGCGUAAAGUUGUCUGCUGAGAUCAGUUGUUUCUGAUCGUUCAACGGAAGCAGUCGUGAAUCGAAAAAAUGUGGACACUACGCUUGGCCGCCAUUACUUUGGCCGUGCUCACUAGCUACGUUUCGGGAGCGUUCUUUAAGGUUGAGCCGAAAAAUGAUGGCAAACCGGCAUCCUACAAGAUCAGCCAAGUUACCAGCCUCAAUUUGGGACAAGCACUGCUUCAACUUCCUCACAACGUACAGGCGCUUGAUUUGAGUGGCAACUUGCUGACUAACAUAAGUGGUAGUGCCUUUAGUGCGUUCUCCAACUUGCAGCAGCUGAAUCUAUCAUCCAAUAUGUUGUACGGCACGGUAAACCUGACUCAGUUCUACACUCUCAGCACGGUCGAUUUGAACGACAACUACAUCACCGAUCUGCAUCUUGGACGAAAUGUGGCAACAGUAUCAGCCGUUCGUAAUCGUAUCAAGCGAGUGAUCUGUGACGGAUCGCCGAAGGAAGUGAAUUUGCAGGUGAACAAGGUGGACUCACUACAUGGCCUGUCACCAAUGUGCAUGACAAGAUUGCAGGUUUUGGAUUUAUCCUUAAAUGAGGUGAAUACGAUCGAUUUUAAUUAUCUGGCGCCUUCCGCAAACUCGUUGAAGCAAUUGCUGUUAUCGUACAACUACAUAUACGAACUGUUUAACAAGAACAACCUUGUGUUCCCGCUUCUCGAGGUGCUCGAUCUAUCGCACAACAAGCUACCGUGGCUUAGUCCAGACAUAAUGGUCGCCCGGAAUGCAAAAACCGUCGAUCUAUCGGCUAACCAAAUUGUUUUGAUUGACAAAAGUAUCCAGUUCGAUCGGCAAACUAAUAUCAACCUCAGCGGUAACAAGGUGCAGUGUGAAUCGUUAAAAGCGUUCGCAACAUUAAAUCCAGCAGUGAAGAAUGUGAGUCCGGCAAACAAUAAGGACCCGCAGGGAUGCAACCGGAUGUCUGGUUAUUCGAUCUGCUGUGAUUCAUUGUCAGCACCGUUCGCGGACCGGCUGAUCGAGCAGAAGCGCAUGCAAAACUCGCUGCUCAAUGUACCGAUGGGUCCGGGGGCGAAACCAAACUGUACCGUCGAUGAUGCUCGGCAGACAAUGAUUAGCCAAAUGGGUAGUGCGAUCACAUCGGUCGCUAAUGAGGUACAGCGGCUGCAGAAGGAGAAGAUCCAGCUUGCUUCCGAGCGCCAGGCUCUGGAGCAGACGGUCAGUGCACAGAGGGAACAAAGUACCAGUGUGCGUGAGGCUCUGCUUGCAGCUGCGCGAAAAUUGAACCUUGAAGUUGAGCAGGAACCGAGCCACGUCGUUUUGCAGAAGGUGAUCGAUACGUACGAACAUCUGAGCAAGCAGGAGGAGCUGGAACGGAACAAAGCCACCGAGGACUGGAACAAGUACAGCACGGAGAUUGAGCAUUGGCUAAAGGAGAAGGAGCGCCUGGAGCCGCUCAUCGCAAAGUAUGACGCGGACAUAAGCAAGGCCAACGCCACGCUGGUGGAUCUCACCAGACAGAAGGCGGUUCUGACCGAACAGCUGAAGAACAAAAAUGCGAGCGGUUAAACCCGAGCUGCACGUAAAGUGUUUCACUUUGUAGAUGAAUAUACGACGAAAUACAUUGUUCCCCUUGCUUACAGCA